AUGCACUUACGCACACCACAAGAAGGAUGGCAGUUUUGCAAGUCCCAAAGAUUAAAUACAAUUGUUAUCAGGUGCCCUCAACAACCAUGGACGCCACUAGAAUCAGGAUCGCCAUCAUCGGUGCAGGGCCUGUUGCUCGCCAACGUCCCUUACACCGUCUUCGAGGCGGACGCCUCGCCCAACUACCGCUCGCAGGGCGGCACGCUGGACCUGCGCACCGACACGGGUCUGGCGGCGCUCAAGGAUGCGGGGCUCUUUGACGAGUUCGAGAAGCUCGCGCGGUAUGACGGCGAGUCCAUGUUCAUCACCGACAAGGACCUCAAUGUGCAGCUCCAGUUGGACCCGUCCCCUGCCGGCAGCGGCCGCGGGGGGCGCCGGCCCGAGAUCGACCGCAGCGAGCUCCGGCGCCUGCUCACCGAGAGCCUGUCCGCUGACACGAUCCGCUGGGGCCACCGCCUGGUCCGGGUCGACGAGGCUGCGGACGGCGAGCAAGGCGGGCGGCGGCUGCAGCUGGUGUUCGAGCACAUGACCGUGGGUGGUUAUGACCUGGUCGUCGACGGGUGCCGACGGGGCCUGGAGCAGGACGCGGGCGUUCCUGGGCGACGUGCAGCCCGCAUUUGCCGGCCUCGGCAUGUACGACAUGUCGGUCCCGGACCCGGGGGCGCGCACGCCGGAGCUGCACGCGCGCAACCGGCACGGGAGCACCUUUGCCUGCGCCGAGGGCCGGCGAGUCUCGGUGCGCAGAUGGGCGGGUUGGGAGAACUCCACGUCGCCGUUACCUUCCGCGUCACCGACGAGGCGUGGAUCGGCGAGGAGCGGAGGCUGGCGCGGCCGCUGGCGCAGGUCAAGGAGUUGCUCCUCGGGUCCGGCGACACCGGUGGUGGAACCUUCGGGGACUACCACCCACUACUGAGGGAUGCGGUCGACAAGGCCCAGGGCGGCUGCACGUCGCGCGCCCUGUACGCGCUGCCCGUCGGGUUCCGCUGGGAACACCGGCCGGGCGUCACGCUGGUGGGGGACGCGGCGCACGCGAGACCCAGCGAGGCGGCGUCUGGCCAGGGACUACUGAAGCGUCUCGGCCGCGCGGUGCAGGAGUUCGAGGAGGAGAUGUGGCCUCGGGCGAGGAGCCCACGCGCCGCCAUCGCCAGGGAUUGCGAGCUUGCACGCCUGCUUCGACGCGCCGUGGGCGGUGCGGCCGCUUGUGUCGGCCGGGGUUCACGCGUUUUACUUUUUUCGACACUUGGCAGGUCAAGCUGCUGUUGCCGUGGAUCGUCGCAUCCUGCAGGGGUGCCGUGCCGGUCCGGUCCACCUCCAGCAGCAAGGAUCACGAUUUGGGGGUACGCCAUUCGACAUGGACACUCACCCUGCACCUCAGACUUUGCCUGCUGGUGGGCUGAAGUCGCUGAGUUCGCGAGAGUGACUUGUUCCAUCAUACAUAGGUACAUACCUGUACAUACCAUCUAUGUCAAGCCCCCAACGCCCACGACCUGA